UUGUAAUUGCGCGGCGGCGCUGCGUGAAAAUCUGUGUGAUUGUAAUAGAUUAAGAAUUAAACCGGAGUGUGAGAAAGAUAGCCACAGUAGUCCGGCAGUGGUAAAAUAAAACAAAAUGAAAAUAUUAAUUGUACAAUUCAAUUGAAAAAAAUUCAACGUCGAACAUUACUUCUAUAGAGCAUUUGAGCUCAUUUCUCAGUUUAAAGCUAUUUGUUUUACUCUUUUGCAUCGUUUUACAUUCUCUGCGCUCAUUUUUCAGUUAAAAGUCAAGAAAACUAAACCAAUUUUAUACAACUUCGGGAUUGUUUCUUUAAGAAAACAUAACUUUGAUUUAUUAUUAAGAUUAACUUAUUAUUGAACAAGCUGUCCUUGACCGAAAUAUUCGUUUCAAAAUUUUCCAUUCAGGAUUCUUGUUAGGGGAAACCAAAAAUUCUAGAAUAUUCCGACUUUAGUUGGUGUAAUUGCGGCCGUGUAUAGCUUUAGUGCGUGAAAGAUCUAAGUGAAAAGAGCGGCGUAAUUGUCGGAAUAACACUAGAAAGUGAAGCAACUUAGUUGUUAUAUACGAAAAGAAGUUAUGAGAGAAUUUUUCUUUAUAUUUUCCGCCGGGAUAGGAGCUAGUUAGUGAGAAUCGCAGCCACAGCGACAUUUCCUUUCCCUAUUUUGCCAACUUAACUCGAGCCAACCGAAAUAGCAGCAUAGCUAUAGAAAUAGAGAGCAUAGUUAAGAGAGCCCGGCGUCACGGACUAUCGCAUUUUGGUUAUUUUAUUUAUCCCGUGCCCGUUUAAAGCCCCAAUUCGAAGUUAGCCGGCCGCACCCGACCGACAGAGAUUCUUGGCCCGGCUUAUUUCACAAUUCAACAAAAUAAUAUUGGCCGCGUUUGUUCUGCUUAACUUUGGACGCUCUCCUCUUAUUAUUUCCUUAUUUACCCCAAAACACAUUUUCAUUUCCAACCAAAGAGCCACAGUCAGAACCAAAGAUCCAAAGUGCAAAUCCAAAUUCCUCAAGUCAAAUUUUGAACUUUUACCACUUCCCGAAUUACACGCAAUUACGACGAGACGAGACGAGACCAGUUAUGAAAUUAUUAGUAAAAUCAACCGGACUGGACUUGGAUGUUUAAUUAACUGCAUGUUCCGGAUUUUAAUUUUUAAUCGAAGUUUCGACCACUUGUUGAAAGUGAACGGUGGGUUCUUAUUUUAUCAAUUACUGCCGGGUAAUUGCUAGUAACCGAUUUGUCCUAUUACAAAAAGAGCCGCUUCUGCUAACAAUAGAGCAGAACUUCUUACGUAUACAAGAAAGUCUUUUUCAAUAGCGUCUACAAGUGGAAUAGCGCAGCGCCGCAUUGGUCGAAAAUUUAGAUUUCAGUCUUUAAAAAAGAGGGAAAUAAAAAAUAAAUAGGAAGACAUCUAGCUUACAAACACUUCAAACUAUUUUAUCAUUCCAUUUAUUAUUUCACUGUUAUUAUUACAUUCUGCACUUUCAUCAAUUCGCCGAACAGCUUUCAAGUUGAUAUAAGAGAAAACAAUUAAUUGGGCUCGUGAUAUUUGAAAAACAAAAAGAACAAACAACGCAAGAGCUCUAAAAAACUUUUUUCCAGCUAUUUCAUACAAAUUUUUGUUUGUUAUGUAAAUGAAAAUUCAUUUUCAAAAAAAUUAUUACUUGGUUAUUAUUCGUUAUGUGCAAUUUUUUGUUGAUUGGUUAGAAAUUAAACAAUUCGUACAAAAAAUGCUUUCACCAACUAUUUACAUCAUAUUCUGGAAUUCAUUGAAACUACCUCAUUUCACAACAUUCUGAUAACAUUUCGGUUAUUAUUUGAAACUCGAAAUCUGAACAGAGAAGAUUUCAGAAUAUGGAAAUUUCCGAAUCGGAGAAGCAAUCAAAGAUGAUGGAGAUGAACAAUCUUCUGGAAGGCACGACUCCUUUGAUGCGAAGCGGCGAGUCGUCACUCGGGUCUUCGAGUCACAACUUGGUAAUGGGUUUCGACGGAAUUUUCCGCAGUGAAAAAUGCGUCAAACUCUUCCAAGAUUUCUUAAAAGAGCAGAACCAAGUUAAUUAUCUUAUGUUCUGGUUAGCAGUAAACGGGUACAAAAAAGUGCCGGAACCUUCAAAAGCCGACCAUUUGGCGAAAAUCAUUUACCGCAGUUUUAUUAAAUCAAACUCUGAAAACCCCGUCAAGCUAAAUUCCACAACUAUUCACGACAUUAAAAGUCUGAUGGAAACAGCUCCGAUCGUGCGAACAAUUUUCGACAACGCACAUUUGGAAGUCGAAACACUUCUCCGAACUCAAUUUUACCCGCAAUUUACAAAGUGGGAAGGUGCUUCCAAAUUUGAGUUUGUCGACAACAGCCCGACAAUUAUGUCUUCAGAGAACCCGACAUCGCAGGCGAACACCGGGACACAUUUCGGGUUUCACGACUCCUCACCGGCCAAUACCGGUUCGGUUUCGGAUGUUACAGUUCCUACCAACCCAAAUGUCUCGAUGUCGAGCAACUCGGCUAUUUAUCCGCCGCCGCCGACUUGUGCUGUGCAGUCGGCAACUAAGACGACAACAACGGUUUCAGCUGGUCUGAACUCUGCAAGUUGUCGCUGUCAAUCCGAAAACACAUCGGCUGGUUCUUUAUGUGGUGCUACAUCCUCAAGUUGCUUAAUGCAGGAAUGUGAAAUAAACAACAACAAUAGCGAUGACCGAUUUUGCGGAAAGUGUGAUUCGGCCAAAUCAGAAGCAAACGCUUCUAAUAACCUUCUAACGUGUCAACAACCUCAGCUUUCCUCAUCCAAAGGAAACCCGCAUUCUACAAGACUUCAAAGGAGAGGGAAGUCUCAAGAGAACACUAUAGAUCACCGCGUGAACAGAGAUAUCACAAUUGUCAAAUUAGGUCACCACUCCCGGCCCAAGUCAUCCACAGCAAACAACAACAAUGCCUCUGGGACGACGAUGGCCACCUCAGCUACGACAGCCGGCAACAAAAAAUCGUCAUCGGGUGCUACUAAAGCCGAGUUGGCGGCGCGCAAGGCACCCGAGAUGCUGUCUCCGCAUCAGUUCGCCGCGAUUCUCACUCGCAAGUUGGAAGAAUUGCAAAUUAAACAGCAGGGAUUUAAACUGGAAACACAGAACUCGAUUUGUUCGUCUUCAAGUCACGAGCGAUGUGUUGCCAACAAGUUAGACUCAUUAGUUCGUCAUCAACUCCUAGCAGUCUCAGGUGCCAGCUCCCAACAGGUGUCCGAUCGGGACCUCCCUAGUUCCUCUCAAGAGGAUGACCCCAACAAUAUCAUCGACAGUCACGUGUCAAGAGUCUUUCGGGACACCCGCGAUUGCAGCCCCUCCCCUAGCUACUCACCAACCCCUCUAUGUGCAAAUCACGCGAUUCACUCUAAAUCAUCGUGCAACACAAUGCCAGGAAGGGUGGUGACCUCACACACCGGGGGCUGUCCGGGUACAAAUAGCGGGAAGUUGCUAUCGUCUGGCGGCGGAAGCCGGAAGUGUAACAGAUUCGAAACUUGCUCCAAUUUGUCUGUUUCGAGUGGGGUGGAUAGCGGGUGCUUUGAUGUGUCAUCACAAUUCAGCACUGACUCCAGAGAAAGCGAAAGCAGAUCGCGUUUGUCCGUGAUCAACUGGAUGCAAACUUCGUCCCGCGAGAACAGUGGCUCCACCCACUCUACCCGCAACCACAUUCUACCCCCAAAACAACAUCCGGGAGGUCUCAUCAGAGGCAGCUCUACCACUUCUCGCGUCAACAACAGGUGGGCAUCUUUGUCCCCGCACCGCAACAUGCACUACAGCGUGAACAAUAACCUCUCGAGCGGCAACUGUCUAGCCCCUGCCGGCAACAAUGUAUUACUCCACGGGUGUAUGACGGGUGGCGCGGGAACACCAAGUCGCGUCCCCCCUUUGCUACCCUCGCACUGUGCACUGUCUAAUAACUGCAUUAAUAAUUCCUCGGCAAUUAACCACCAGAACAGCGGUACCCAAUCCCAAUCGGCCAAUCUCCACAGUUCGGUUGUCGGGUCGGCCACGUCCAUUUGUGCAUGCGGGCGCGACACUUCGGCAGUUUUUAACGCUAUGCACCCGAGCAACUCUUACAUACAGUCACAAACUCAAUACCAUCAAAAGAAAAGCAGAUCGAAUUCAGCAGAGCGACCCUUCAGCGGAGCUGCACUGCAAGUGUUCAAUGCUAAACUCGGCGAGCUACUCCCAAAAGCCACGACCUCCGAGUCCAUCAUCGGAAUGACGUCAUCCAACUGUUCACAGGACAAUGUCUGUUCGGCUGUCGGAAAUGGAACGAACUCAGCGAACACCUUUGCACCGCCCAGUUUCAGUCAAUCAGCGGGCAGUAAAACUCCGAAACUGCAGAAGGAAAGUGUUAUUGCGGCACAAUUCGCAGACUCGACGCCCAUCAGUGAAAAGAAAAAGAGUUGGACUUGGAGCAAACAGCGGAGUAGUGAAAAGAGCAGUCGACAUAUAAAUAACAGCAGCUCUUGUUCGCAUCACCAGAGUAGCCAUGGCAACCAGUCUCUUGGGUCGGCUAUGGUUGUACAGGAAAGCAUGCAUGUCUACACAACUGAGAUCCAAGAAGACUCUGCAUUUGACGAAAGUUGCGCAGAGGAAUCCUAUUUUUCAACCUGCUCGACUGGCGACGGAAAAAAAUCAACCGCUGUUGUGUCGUCGCAAGGAAGUGUGUCGGGUUCGAACCCUACUUCCCAACCGCACUCAAGUUCCGCGUCCCAGGUGGCGGGAGGGGGUAACUUCAGCGGGUCAUCAUCAGUCGUGACGACAACAACGAAUAACAGUGGAGGUGCCAAUUGUACGGUUGUUGCGUACUAUUUCUGUGGUGAACAAAUUCCCUAUAGAACUGUGGUUCAGUCUAAAGUCAUCACGCUCUCAGAUUUCAAAUCUCUGCUAACCAGAAAAGGAAAUUACAGGUAUUUCUUCAAGAUGCGCUCGGAUGAAAUUGAACUGGGUGGAAUUGUUAAUGAAGAAGUGACGGACGAUAAUGCAAUUUUACCCUUCUACGACGGGAAAAUAAUUGGGAGGAUAGAAAAGCAACCCACUUUGUCAUCCUGACCAAAUUAGCCCCAAUUUGUUAUUGUGGAGACGAAAGAUCACUACCUGAACAAAUUAUCCCAGCCAAGAGUUGGUUAUAAUGAAGAGGGAACACUCCCCGCUUACUAAUGAGGUGGCACGAACAACUCAAAUAAUUACAGCAGAAGAAUUGACCUGCAAGUUGUAGCUAAACUUCACCAACAAGACGCAAAAAGUCAGCGAACUGGUCCAAGUAGCGAGGACGCAUUCAACAACAAGAAAAAAAAGAUAGCAAAACGUCCAUCUGUACCAAAACUGAAAAGUUUUGCCGUUAUAGCUUUAAACAAAACUGCAUAACAUCAAAUUUAGUUUUAAUGUUUUGACGAAAUGAAAUUUGAAUUGCUUCGUUUACCUCAACUUCUAAAUCUCAAUGUUUCUUUAUGUUAAAUUUCUAUUUUGAUCAAAAUUAUUUCAUGCGUCUGUAUCUUUGAGCUGGGCGAAGAAUAUUUUGUAUAGCUGUGUGAACUAUGACUAAUUUUGGAGCUCUGUACUCUAAGUGCGAAGUAGCUCCUUUAAAACGCUCUUGCAUAUCUUUGACCUUUAGCAUAGCCAUUAUUUCCUCAAUUUCUUCAUUAAUUUAAUUUUUUUCAUGUCAA